UGGACACCAACCUCACUCAGGCCGUCUCCUGUGCGUCUCCUUUCAUCAACCUCAAGCUGCCUGUGCUGCUCAGUACUGAACGCUUUUAUAAGAGCUCCGUCGAAUUGCGCAUGGAGCGCAAAACAUCAACCCACCUUCGCACGCUGUCCCGUCUUGGUGUCGACCUGCAACUGUCGGAGCAGGACGUCUCCAGUCUAGCAAUUUCCAAGGUGGCGACAUCGGAUGUCCAGGAUGUGACAGGUCUGGCUGGGCGUCUUCGACUCCAGAAGCAGGCCUCAAGCAAUGCACAUGGUUCGCCAAGAAACUGGAUGGACAAUCAACGAAAACAUAUCCAAGCAUACGAAUAUCUCUGCCACAUUGCGGAGGCGAAAGAAUGGCUCGAAGGAUGUAUUGGACAUUCGUUAGCAGCUGUUGUUGAUUUGGAAGAGCGCUUGCGAGACGGCGUGGCUCUUGCUCAGCUUGCUGCUAAUUUCAAGCCUGAGCUUGUUCCGCGUAUAUUUGAGGCUCACAAACUCCAAUUUCGACAUUCCGAUAACAUCAAUCGCUUUUUCAAGUUCUUGGAAGCCGUCAAGCUCCCAAAGACUUUCCAAUUUGAGCUUACUGAUCUGUACGAAAAGAAGAAUAUUCCCAAGGUAAUCUAUUGUAUCCAUGCACUCUCGUUUGUGCUCGCGGGAUCCGGACAUGCUGCCCAAAUUGGUGACUUGGUUGGAAAGAUUGUAUUCUCUGAUGCCGAAAUUCGUCAAACGCAACAAUCGCUUGCUGCGACUGGUACAGCUCUACCGAAUUUCAAGGGAGUCGGUGAAGCUUUCGGCGUAGAACCUGUGACAAUCGAAGCAGAGCCAGUUCUUACGGCUGAGCAACGCUUGGACAGCCAUGUUGUCUCCAUUAUCGAAGUACAAUGUCACGCCAGUGGUACUCUGCUCCGACAACGUGUAGCGGGUCUUCUUCAAGAAUUGGAAUUGACCGAAUGGAACAUCACAUUACUCCAAGCACACAGUAAGGGCUUCUUGGCCAGAACGUCUUAUUAUGACAACGCAGAUACCUAUCACAAAAUCAAUACUUGGAUUAUCAGCCUCCAGUCUGUUAUCCGAGGUUAUCUCCACAGAAGUCAGACAUCAUCACAGCUCAUUGAUAUGAGCUUCAACGAAGGAUUUGUUACAAAUAUACAGGCUGCCUUGCGUGGCAUUCGAGUAAGACGAAAGCUUGCGGCUGUUCGAAAUCCGAAUGAGGUUUUGCUAAGUCAUGUCGUUUCAUUACAAAGCCAUUUUCGAGGUCAUGUUGUGCGCUGUCGAAUGUCUCGCAGCAUUCAUAACUUUGACGCAUCGCGAAGCAGUAUUGAAGCUCUUCAAGCGUUAUGCAGGGCUCACUUGUCAUGUCGACGAUCAUCAACUCUUCAACAAGCACUGUAUGUCUGUGGCAACAGUGUCAUGGACAUUCAAGCACGGUCGCGAGCAGUGCUGAUUCGGCGCCAUCAUCGUGAACGGCUGCGCCUUCUUCGGCAGAAUGCUUGUGCAUCGACACAAGUUCAAGCUGUUUCGCGGGGAUUCCUCUUGCGGAAAGUCUGCCUGCGUUUGAAAGACUUGCUCAAGCUCGAAUCUGCUAAUGUGCUGCACCUACAGUCUUUGGCACGUGCUUAUCUCUUACGUUCAUUUUAUCGUGUCCUGCUACUGACACUCGACGCCCAUCGCGAAGACAUUGUCAAUCUACAGGCAGCUUGUCGGGGUCAACGACGUCGCAGAGCGUUUGUCUUGCGACGAAAGCACUACAAGGACAACAUGAAAAACAUCAUCAAGGUUCAGAGUCUAUUCCGAGCCAAACAACAGGGAGCUGCAUAUAGAAGCCUGAUUGAAGACAAAAAUCCACCAAUCUCGACCAUCAAGAGUUUCGUUCAUCUCCUGGACGACAAUGCUCUGGACUUCGAGGAGGAGGUUGCGACUGAGCAAGCUCGGAGACAGAUUGUGCAGCUUGUCCGCCAGAAUGAAGCUGCGGAAGAGCACAUUGAGCAGAUGGACAUAAAAAUUGCUCUCCUCGUGAAGCAGGCCAUCAAGAUUGAAGAGGUCAUUCAGCACCAGAAGCGCCUCAUGAAGGGCAUUGACGAGAUGGACCUUCCUUCCAGUCCUCACGACUUGAGAGCCAUGAACAAAACUGCUCGGGCCCAGCUCGAGAACUUUCAAAGGCUGUUCUAUGUGCUUCAAACGCAGCCAGUUUACAUCGCUCGGCUCUAUACUGUUCUGCAGGAGAAGAAAGCGUUCGACCAAGUCAAAAGACUUGACGCGCUUGUAAUGGUCUUAUUUGGACAUGCUCAGAAUCGCCGAGAAGAAUACCUUUUCGUCAAGCUACUCAGAGCGAGUAUCAUCAAGACAAUUUCAGAGACAAGCUCCGUUCCUCAAUUUGUGCACGAAACAUAUCCGUGGUCGAAUCUCUACAGUCUCUACAACCAGAGUGCAAAGCAUGUUCAAUAUCUUCGGACUGUGCUCGGUCCUUGCGUUCGCCGCAUCAUCUCAGAGGACAAUCUGGAUCUCGAUAGCGACCCCUGUCGUAUCCACAGAUCGUUGAGGGGAAACGCAGAAACCGGCGCUCUGUCUGACCCAGGAGCUGCUAUCAGUGACCCAGAAACCAGGCAAGCGUUCAUUCUCCAUCUACGCGAUUUGCGAGACUUGUCGGAACAGCUCAUUAUGGGCAUAGAAGAUGCAGUCACAAGUGCUCCCUACGGCUUGAAAUAUUUGGUCUCAGAGAGUCUAAGGGCUAUCCGAGAGAGAUUUCCUGACGAAACAAAUGGCACGCUACUGCCGAUCUUUGGAAAGCUCUUUUACUGCAUGUUUUUGGAGCCUGCGUUCCUGAAGCCCGAUGUUCAUGGAGUCCAUGCUGGUGUCUUCAAUACCAAACAGCGUCGCAACCUGACGGAAAUUGCCAGACUCGCAAGCCACAUAUUCCUUGGGCAGUAUUUUGACGACGCAUCCUUCUUGGCGCCGCUGAAUCACUUUGUCGAUUCCUUGGCUGGCAGAAUGCAGGCACUGUGCGAGGCAUUGUCUCCACGUGAAUCUCCAGAAAACGCCUACGAUUUCAGCGACUUUGAAGACAUUGUUGCUACAAAAAGACCGCGCCUGUACAUCAAAGUCACCGACAUUUACGAUCUUCAUGCCUUGGUAGAAUCCAAUCAAAAUGCUGUCGUGCCAGAAUAUGGCGAUGUCCUCGGAGACGUGCUCAAAAGCCUCGGUCCAGUUCAAGUCGCUCGCGAGGCCAUGGGUAACUCGGACAGCGAAAUUCAGCUACAGUUGGAUCCGAAUGCUGUUGAUGUUGACGAUCCGGAAGCUGACGAGCGCGUUUUGUUUUUGCAUACCAAACGUCUGGCUCUUUACAUCAUUCGCAUACACUCGCGCUCGACAUUUUUGGAAGUCCUCAUUGAGCCUGUGGAGGCGCUUGACGAGACUCGCUGGCAAACAAUCUUGUUUGAAGAGCAAGUAGCACGCCGUACAAUCAGCUCGCAGACUGAUCGUACGCGAAAAGAUCUCUCUGGGCUGUCGUUCGCCGUAGUCAAGCGCGAGGCACUCGAGAACAUCCUCAAGCUCGAGGAACUUGGCUGGGUUUCCCGUGGGAAUGGGUACCAAGAUAUCAUUAACUCGAUUGCUCAAGAUAUCAAGUCGCAGAAUCGUCGCCGCAUCGAACGGCAGAAGGACUUAAGCACAGCAAAGGCGACCUUGCAAGAAUUGACGGUGAAGCAGCACUAUUUGCAAUCGCAAUUUCAAAGCUACAACGACUACAUCGAACAAGCCAUGUUGUCUUUGCAAGGCAAGAAGAGCAAGCGAAAAUCUGUAUUGCCUUUUACAAAGCAAUUUUUCCAUCUGCGGGAUUUGCAGCGGGCUGGUUCGGUCCCAAAGUUUGGCUCCAGAAAAUAUUCUGCUUACAAGCUGUACACGAAGGGAGUCUUGCUCAGCAUCCGCCACGAGUCUGCGCCCUAUGACAAAUUCGAGCUCGUCAUUUCAUCGGAUCAGAUUGGCAUCUUUACUGUGGAGUUCUACAGCUUGGGCUCAAUCUUUGCAAGAAUCACCAUUCAGCUUGAUGAAUUGCUGCAAGCGCAGUACAACAAGCAGGAGUUUAUGGAUUAUAAUGCCGGGCAAUUCAAGUUCACGGUGAGUGCGACCCUCAACAUGCUCUUCAAACACUUUUUCAAUUGA